AUGAAUCGGACAGAUCGUCUGCGUUCCUCUCUGCCCUUCGACAGAGACUCGACUGCGUUCCUGUCAUCCCUUCGACAGAGCCUCGACUGCGUUCCUCUCUGCCCUUCGACAGAGACUCGACUGCGUUCCUGUCAUCCCUUCGACAGAGCCUCGACUGCUUUCCACUCUGCCCUUCGACAGAGCCUCGUCUGCGUUCCUGUUAGCCCUUCGACAGAGCCUCGACUGCGUUCCUCUCUGCCCUUCGACAGAGACUCGACUGCGUUCCUGUCAGCCCUUCGACAGAGCCUCGACUGCUUUCCUCUCUGCCCUUUGACAGAGCCUCGACUGCGUUCCUGUCAUCCCUUCGACAGAGCCUUGACUGCGUUCCUCUCUGCCCUUCGACAGAGCCUCGACUGCGUUCCUGUCAGCCCUUCGACAGAGCCUCGACUGCGUUCCUCUCUGCCCUUCGACAGAGACUCGACUGCGUUCCUGUCAUCCCUUCGACAGAGCCUCGACUGCGUUCCUCUCUGCCCUUCGACAGAGCCUCGUCUGAUUUCCUCUCUGCCCUUCCACAGAGCCUCAUCUGCGUUCCUCUCUGCCCGAAGGUAG